AUGUCUGAAUCUCAGCGCGUUUCGAUCGUCACCGGGGCUGCACAGGGCAUCGGCAGAGUGAUCGCACUCAGGCUAGCCGAUGACGGCAUAGAUGUCGCCUUGAACGACGUGCCAGGCAACGUCGACAAUCUCGCGCGUGUCGCGGAAGAGAUACAGGCCAAGGGCAGAAGGGCGAUCACAAUCCCGGGUGACGUUUCCGUCAAAGUGGACGUCAAGACUCUGGUAGAUCGGACGGCGGCAGCCCUCGGAAGCGUCGACAUUGGUGCCCCAGGAUGCUGCCUUAUAUACAUGAGGGAAAACCCCCCAGGGACCGGUAAUGGACCCCUGGUACCUAGCUGGAAUGAUGUCAUGGUCCAGACAGAGUCUGGUUUCUAUCUAGAAAAGGUCCGGCAUCAGAGUCCAGCCUGA